GACGGGCAGGACAACAGCCAGACGCGCUGUGGUUGGCCCAGGUGUUGGUUGUGUGUGCCAACGCCUCUUCCUUCCUCGCACGAGUUUACGUUCGUUCAAUUCGCUGCUCUCUGACACCGCCCUUCCUCCUCUCUCUCUUUCUCUGCUCUUCGCCACUCACGUCACCUGUUUCGGCUUGGGUUUCCCGCGCGUCGCACUCACAGCUUCUUCGUCUCCGCUUCGAAGCUGCUUCAAGGCUCCUGUUCUUCCGUCUCGAAGCUCGUCUCAGAACAAACAGUCAUGGUGAGAGCGGGUACAUGGCUUGUGCUUGUGGGCGUAGUGGUCGUGGGGGCCGCCCUUACACACGCCCAGGACGACGCCGCGGACAGAGAGCGACGGGCGCCCUCGGGAUUUCUGGGCAUGAGAGGUAAAAAGGCGCCCUCGGGUUUCCUGGGCAUGCGCGGCAAAAAGAGCGACGAGGUCUUCGCCGGGAACGAGGUGGACAGCGAUCUCGAGAGCCUCCUCAAGCGCGCUCCUUCGGGAUUCCUCGGGAUGCGGGGGAAAAAGGCUCCUUCCGGUUUCCUUGGCAUGCGGGGCAAGAAAGCUCCUUCCGGCUUCCUGGGCAUGAGAGGCAAGAAGAUGUACGAGGAUGAGGCUGAUGUGGAUGCUUAUAUUCAGGCUCUCGCCGCCCUCGUGGAGCAGCAGCAGAAGCGCGCCCCGUCGGGAUUCCUCGGGAUGAGGGGCAAGAAGGCGGACUAUGACGAGGACUUCGAGGAUGACAUCGGCGUUCCCGGCUUCGACAAGAGAGCUCCUUCGGGAUUCCUGGGCAUGAGGGGCUGAGAUCUGACGCCUUGGAUUAUAUAGCGCCAUUGAAGACUCUCGACUUCUUGCAAAAAAAAGAAAAAAAAAAGAAUGUUUCUAGGAGUCCAUAUCUGUGGGUCGAUUGCCCUUCCUUGCAUUCCCCGGUCGCUCUGGUUUAUUCUUCCUUGUAUCCUUAAACCUAUUACGUAAUUCUUAAUUCUUUUGUUUUGCGUUCAUUUUUUUCUUUUUCUCUGUCUUUCUCCUCGUCAUCGCUAUCUCGCCGCGUCUUUCUUUUCUAUUUAUUGAUAUCUCUCUGUGUUUCUCUUAUUCGUAACGCUUUAUUAUAUAUGUUUGUUUGUUUGUCAGGGUGCCAGCAAUUGCCAUUGUUUCUCUUUUUAGAGAAAUUAAUGUAAUAUCACCAACGUCUCUCUCUCUCUCUCUCUCUCUCUCUCUCUCUCUCUCUCUCUCUCUCUCUCUCUCUCUCUCUCUCUCUCUCUCUCUCUCUCUCUCUCUCUCUCUCUC